UUGCGAACCAUCAGUUUUGGUUCCCACGAUCCAGCGUUUUGAACUAGUUUAGUAAUUCUACGUGAUGCAUAAAAUAAGCUUAUUGCUAGCUCUUCUCAGUGCCGUUUCGGCGGCUAAACUGGACAACCUCCAAUAUCUACCCCCACAGGGAAAUUCCAUUCAAGCCCCGAGCCAGCAACCCGGACUUGCAGGACCACAAUCAGGAGGUCAAUAUCAGCCAUCAGGACAAGGGCCUUUUGGACCUCAUCCUCAAGGACCAGAACCCUCAGGCUUUCUUCAGCAGCCGUCCAACCAGUAUGGACCUCCAGCCGGGCAAGGCAACCAACACCUCCCUGGACAACAGCAAUACCCUGAGCAGAGAUCCCCUUUAAAUGACGUCCCGAUUGUGCGAUUGGACAGCGAAAAUCCUGGAGAUGGCACUUAUAGAUACGCUUAUGAAACUGGCAAUGAUAUCGCCGCUCAAGAGGAAGGAAGCGCCCAAUCCGGCUGGAACAAGGCCCAAGGAUCCUAUCGAUUUGUUUCGCCAGAAGGCCAGAACUUUGAAAUCUCCUACACGGCUGACGAAAAUGGUUAUGUGCCCCAAGGCGCCCAUUUGCCCACUCCUCCGCCAAUCCCUGAAGCCAUUCUAAAAAGCCUGGAAGUCAUUCGUCAAGCUGAAGCUUCAGGAAAUAUUCUAGAAGGAGCAUAUCAGCCGGAAGGGGAUGAUGGCCAGUACCAUGAGGGCCAUGAUGAAGGCCAGUACAAUCCAAAUGGAGGAUAUCAGCAGCCAAAUGGUGGUUACCAACAGGGAGGAAUCGAUAAUUCGAGAAACGUUCCUCAAGGGUUCUCCCACCAAAAUGCUGACCAACAGAGGUAUCCAGCCCAGCAGCAACAACAGCAGCAAAACCUUGACGCUAAUGGAGGGUACAAAUACUAAGAUUUCAAUAGUUUUGUUGUGCACAUGUAAAUAAGUUGUAGAUAAAUCAAUAGCUUAAUUA